CGCACUGGCGGCUUGGCGCGCUGCCUGCCUUGCUGCCGAGCGCAGCUCACGCCUUGGUGCCGUGCGCUCACUCGCUGCCGUGCACUCACUCCUUGCUGCCGUGCCUUGCUGCUGUGCCUUGCUGCCGUGCCUUGCUACCGUGCCUUGCUGCCCUGCGCUCACGCCUUGCUGCCAUGCGCUCAUGCCUUGCUGCCAUGCGCUCAUGCCUUGCUGCCAUGCGCUCACGCCUUGCUGCCGUGCGCUCACGCCUUGCUGCCGUGCGCUCACGCCUUGCUGCCGUGCGCUCACGCCUUGCUGCCGUGCGCUCACGCCUUGCUGCCGUGCGCUCACGCCUUGCUGCCGUGCGCUCACGCCUUGCUGCCGUGCGCUCACGCCUUGCUGCCGUGCCUUGCUGCCAUGCCUUGCUGCCAUGCGCUCACACCUUGCUGCCCUGCGCUCACUCCUUGCUGCCAUGCGCUCAUGCCUUGCUGCCAUGCGCCCACGGCUUGCUGCCAUGCGCCCACGGCUUGCUGCAGUGCGCUCACGCAUUGCCGGGGCUAUCCCGCUGCGCUCUGGCGACUUCUAACGUGCUGAUGCCCAACGCGUUGCACGCGUGGUGUGCUUGA